CCCCCACGCUAGCUGUUCCGCGGCUCCCAGCGAGGGUCGCGCUGCGCCAGUGCCUGGGCGGUGGGCGGGGGCGGUCGUCUUGCCUCGGCCGCCCCCUCGGUUCUGCUGCAACCCCCUACUGCGUGUUCCAGGCUGACGCUUGCGCAGAGAACUCUCCGCUGAGGUGGUGGAGGGGUCGAAGAGGCCCGCGUCGACCUACGCAGCACUCACGAUUGUCUAAAGCCACGGGGAAAAUGGUGGAAAAUUCACCGUCGCCAUUGCCAGAAAGAGCGAUUUAUGGCUUUGUACUUUUCUUAAGCUCUCAAUUUGGCUUCAUACUUUAUCUUGUGUGGGCUUUCAUUCCUGAAUCUUGGCUACAAUCCUUAGGCUUAACCUAUUGGCCUCAAAAGUACUGGGCAGUUGCAUUGCCUGUCUACCUCCUUAUUACUAUAAUAAUCGGUUAUGUACUCUUAUUUGGAAUUAACAUGAUGAGCACCUCUCCACUCAACUCCAUCCAUACAAUCACAGAUAACUAUGCUAAAAAUCAACAGCAGAAGAAAUACCAAGAAGAGUCCAUCCCAGCGUUAAGAGAUAUUCCUAUUAAUGAAGUAAACCAAAUGUUUUUUCUUGCAAACAAAUGACCUUACACCAAAAAUUGAGUUAUGUGUAAACAUACCAACAUCAAGCAUUUAUUUCUAAGUUUUUGACAGAAUAAUUUUAACCCUAACUAUAUUGACUAUUGCUUUUAUUAAUACCUAGUAUUAAGAUGUAAAAAUAUGAAAAUUGAUCUGUUAAAGUUCAAUUAAAUAUUGAAAAUGUUUUCAAAUGUGAGUUAAUGGACAGGAUAAAUAAAAUACUGCAUUAAUCUAUAGCAGACUGAAAAAAAAUCAUAUUGGUAUAAUCAAGAAGUCCCAAGCCAAGCCAAGUGGCACACACCUAUAGUCAAAGCUACUCAGGAAGCUAACGCAGGAGGAUAGUGUUAUGGAUUGUCUCUAGAUGUCCCUCCAAAGCCUCAUGCGUCAUAGGUGGAGCUUUUCAGAAGUGAUUGGGUCUAGAGUGUGUGACAUUGGGAUUGAUUCAUGGUGCAAUGCUAAGAUAAGAUAUAAUGGGCAGAAUGAGGCUUAUUACCUAUUUGCUUUGCUACCUUCUGCCUGCCAUGAAGUGUUUCUCCUCUGCAAUCCCUGACUGCCACACCACCCUGCCUUGGAGCCAGCCAAGUAUGGACUGAACCUCUACAGACUGUGAGCUAAAUAAACCUUUCCUCCUUUAACUCUGGGUGUCAGGUAUUUUGCCUCAGCAACAAGAAAAGUAACUAAAAUAGAUAGAAAGUUCAAGGCCAGCCUGUCAGCUUAGCAUGACCCUCUCAGAAAGGGCUGAGUGUGGUAGAGCACUUGCCCAGCAUGUACAAGGCUCUGGAUUUAAUCCCCAGCACAGCAAAAAAAAAAGAAAAAGUCCUUCCAGAGAGGCAUUUGUGUUGUAGUUUGCAAAGGCAAUUAUGUUUUUCCUCCUUUUUGUCCUGAUGAACAGGACUGGAAUUCAAAACUUGGAUUUUUGACAGAAUAAUCAUUUUGACAGAAUAAUUUUGGGAAAAGGCUACAUUUAAUAUUUGUGCCAUCUGAUUCAUGUUUAAGACACAUGUUUUUCUAGACACUGGGAAUAGAAUAAUAGUAAGAUUGUUCUUACAGAGCUUACAUUUUGGAGGUAGACUAAGCAAAUAAAAUAUGCUGAGUGCUACGCAAAGCAUUGGGUAGUACAUGUUCUAGAAAGUAAAGGGGUGACUACUUUAAAUUCGGUGGUCAAAGGCAGCCUCUCAAAAGGAGGCAGUUGGGGGCCGGGGAUUUAGCUCAGUGGUUUCACCGUGGGCUGCGCAAGCGCAAGGACCUAAGUUCGAUUCCCGGUACCAAAAAAAAAGGCAGUUGGGUCUGAGAGCCAAAAAUAAAAAAAGAACCAAUCAUAUGAAGACUGGCCAGGGAUGGUGAACUGCUGAGUGUGAAGCAGGUAGGUCAACAAAGGUAAAGUAAGGGGUUUGGGUGUCUGAGAACAGAGAGGUCACCAGUGGGCCUGGAGUCGACUAAACUGUGUUACAACAGAAUACUGCAUAGUCAGGUGCACAAAAAUACUAUAGCCAAUGACAUGAAUGAAUGUCACAAUGUUGAGCAAAAAAGUCCUAACAGAACUAUAUACUGGAUUUAAAACGUAGAGUUUUAAAUCAGGAGAAAAUGUAUGGUGGUAAAUAUCAGAAUGGAGGUCACCUUUGGGGAAAAUAUUAACUAGGAAGGGGCAUGCAGGAGUCCACAGGUGAAUUGGAAAUGUCCUACAUCUUGGUCUGGGUGGAAGUUACCUAGUAUAAUGUUUUAAGAAAAUCAUGGUGUUGCAUCGUUAAGAUUUGUGCUCUGACAAGGUAUUGUGGUACACUCUUGUAUUCCCAGCACACAGGAGGCUGAUGCAGGAGGAUUGUGAAUUCCAAGCCAGCCUAGUUUACACAGCAAGUUCAAAGCCAGCCUGGUUUACAUAGCAAUUCCUUGUUUAAAGAUUUGUGCUCUUGAUGUAAGUUACACCUCAAUAAAGGAAAAAACAGUGCCUAAAUCUUGAAAUCUUAAUUUCAGUCUGGAGUGGGACCCAGGGAAGGGUAGCUUUUAAAAAAAAUCUUCCAGAUACUACUUUUUUUUUUGGUACUGGGGAUCGAACUCUUCAAGAUACUUCUAAGAUGCAGCCAGUGCUGGGAAUGACUGCCUGACCUGACUGGACAUAACUAAGCCUGUGGUCAAGCAGGACAGUGACUGGUGACCACUUUGAGAAGAAACCCAGAAACUCAGAGCAGUCUUUUCCCAUCAUGUGAACAGUAUUCCCUCAUCUCCCCCUAGGACCAGGGAUAGGCCUAGGAAGGCUCUGAAAUGGAGCUGAAUAGAAAAUUAACUCUCAUACUGUACCGCACUUCAACCUCAACUUUUUAGUCUGUGUCCCAAUCACACUGUCUUUAUAGCUGAUAAAUUAGGGGCACACAUGCCAGGACUACAGUGCUUUGAGGAUCAUGAUCAGCUUAGUGCUGCAAUUCUCCAGUGUGUGCGUGUGUCUUACACACACAUGCUAACACAAUCUCAGGACCUCUUUUUACUCCAGCUUUUCUCUAUGGGUUAUUUUUAGAAAUCAAAAAUCCUACAUUUUUGCUGUUUUUGUGGGGGUUUUUUUGGUACCGGGGAUCAAACUUGGGUCCUUGCACUUGCGAGGCAGGCGAUGGAACCACUGACUUAAAUCCCUGACCCUGUUUUUGUUUUUUUGAGAUAGGAUCUCACUAUAGGCUGGCCUUAAACUUGCAAUCCUCCUGCCUCAGCCUCUGAGAUUACAGGCGUGCACCAUCACCUCCAUUUGUAAUUUUUUUUAUAAAAAAUCAAUUACUUUUUGUUAUAAAAUUAAUUUUUCUGGUCAUCACACUCUUACCACAUAGUAAGCAACAGGUUCUGCCACAUAAACUUCUAACUAUAUUUCUAUAAUAAUAAUCACUAUAGUAAAAAACUAAAUACAGAAAGAAAAUGGAGUUUAACAUAAAUGUUUUUUUAAAGAAAUGAUUCAGUAGGGCCGGGGAUUUAGCUCAAUGGUGCCACGCCUGCCUCACAAGCACAAGGGGGCCUGAGUUUGAUCCCCGGUACUGGAAAGAAAAAAAGAUUCAAACUCCUUGGACUCAUAUAACCACAUAUACCAUUAAAUUUUACCCUUUUGAAGAUGCAUUCAAGCUUGUCCCAUUUGUCUCUUCCAGUUUUGGAACGUCAUCGCAUUCAGGAGUAUGGGGGUGUGGACCCAGACUUUUGUUUUUGAUACCGGGGAUUGAACUCAGGACUUUGUGCUUUCGAGGCAGGCAGUGGAACCACUGAUAUAAAUCCCUGGCCCUACAUUUUGUUUCUUUAAUCAUCUUUCAGAUGUUUCUCCUUAUAUUCAGUGUGAUUCACCAGCUCACCUUUUGAGUCUCUAUUGCAAGCAUAUGUGGGGAUGUAAAGGAUAAAAUGAUAAAAAAAAAUCAGAAUCCUGAUGCUAAAAAUUAAUCAUCUUUUCAUGAAAACUAGCUGUAUUUUUCAAAACAAAAAACAAUUGUGAGACAAGUAUUCUUGUUUUAUAUUUUUGCAACUCUCUUUCAGGUCUGGCUUAAUGGAAGACUGUUGGGUUUUCACACCUGCUUCUGUAUUUACUCUGUUACAUUUCCACAUAUCCCAAGGCCUUUGGGAAACUCCAUGGCAUAUUCAUGACAGAUUAAAGAUUAAAAAAAAUCAA